AUGGCCUUCUAUACUUAUAAUACAGUCUUAGCUAUUGCCCGAACAAGAUUCCCUAGCCUUUUUGUCCAUCCUACCUGCUCUUCUUAUUCCCCAUCACUUGCAUAUCUUCAGUUGCCAGAUUCCCAUUUAAAUAAAACAUAUAUGAAGAACUAUGGAAGCAAGAAGUACUCUCAUUCUAGCCAGUCAGGCAAUAAAGUUAUUUACUUACAAACUAGAAUCAUACAAAAACUACAUACAUCAACAUGCUGGCUUCAAGAGGUCCCCAGUAAACCUCAGCCAGAACAAACUACAGAACAGCCACAGGUGACAAGCCCUCAGCUCACAAAAGAAACUGGCAAGAAGAUUAAGGAAGUAAAGCGAUCUCAUAGACAAAUAAUCCUGGAUGAACUUAAAUAUUAUUACAAUGGAUUCUACUUGCUUUGGAUUGACACUAAAGUUGCUGCCAGAAUGGUUUGGAGGCUGUUGCAUGGACAGGUGCUGACCAGACGAGAGAGACGAAGGGUAGGCAAGAGUCAUAUUUGA